AUGGUGAAAAUAUUAUUGCAGGGUCAGAAAUUUUUUGAUACAAAUAGCAAGGUGCUAAAUAUAAAAAAAAACUACAUAUGUUUUCAAAGAAAUUUAAUACGAGAUAAUGUAGUUAAAAAAGAAACCCCCAAAUUUGAACAGAAACCAUUAGGAUCAUAUCCUGUACCUCCUGAGGCAGAAAUGAUGUGGAGAAAUAGACACACAGCAUAUGGUGGGUAUAUUCAACAAACAGUUUCUCCCUUUCAGCAAAAAAUUAUGUACCCUUUUUGGCAUAUGGCUUUGGCUAGAUGGUGGGCAAAAUUUUCUUCCUAUUUAUGGUGGUGGAUUUGGCCAUUUGCAAUCACAAACUUAAUUUUAUGUAAAAUGUUCUAUGACUCGAAGAAGUAUGUGCAGCAGAAGCAUUGGUAUUGA